GUCAUCAGGGAACAAUAAAAAAUUAUUUUGUUGCAUUUAACACCUAAAAUUCAUGAUUUUCUACUAAAUUUCUACGAAAAAUCAGUCGAUCAUCGAAAUAAAAAAGCACUCAAGUCGUGAAAUAAUCAAAAAUCAUGUCGAUAAAGUCCCAAGAUGACAUUCCGCUGGCAGAUGCUGAUGACCAAGCCAUUUUCGAGGAAGACAACACAAAUAAUUUAAGAACAGGUCAAUCUAUGGACUCCAUUCCCAGCUCGUACAGCAGCUCCGAUGGUCAAGAUUUGCAAGACAACACGCCAGAUGAGCAGGAAGAAAAGGCGAGGCUCAUAACACAAGUGCUUGAAUUACAAAAUACUCUCGAUGACCUCUCACAACGCGUCGACAGCGUAAAGGAAGAAAAUCUCAAACUCAAAUCGGAAAAUCAAGUGUUGAACCAAUACAUCGAGAAUUUAAUGUCUGCCUCCUCAGUAUUCCAAUCGACAAAUCCCAAUAAUGUCAAAAAGAAGUGAACUACGAACAACAUGCUGCCUGUUUGAAUGACGAAAAACGACCAUUUAGGAACUUUUUAACAAAAAACUAACAAACCAAAGAAGAAAUUUCACUUAAAGUCAUUCAAGUUGCUUCAGUUUUAUCCAAAAUGUGCACAAUUUCCAGAAUUACUACUCACUAAUUUUAAGUUAUUUUAAAAAAAAAAGAGCCUGCAUGACAUCAACUUGGCUCGCAAUCCAAGCAAUGCUGUUUUGAGAUUUUUUUUUCUUAUUAUUUAUUAAGACGACUAAACAUUACUAGAGACUAUUCUAAAUCAAAUAAAUGCUUUGAAU